GGUCCCUGCCCUUAGUGGCCUGCGUGGGAGGCCCUGGAACUUCGGCCACAUUUGUCCACGUGGACCUGCUGGCCUUCUCGGCACAGCUCCACCAGGCCCUGGAGCCAGGCCCAGCCCUCCCUGCUGAGCCGCGUCUCCCUGUUGCCCAGAAAACAGCCUCAGGGCCUCAGCCGUGAGGGUGGGGGACAAGUGGCAGAAAGGGGAUGCAGGGCUGGAGCCUCUGACCCUAGCUCGGUUCCCUGUGUGGUGGCAGGGGCGGAGGGCUCUCACCCCCAACCAGGCCCCAUCCAGCCCACCUGCACAGCUGUGGGGCUGAGCAGGAGCCACUGCCGACGGAUACCAAGCCUGUCUUGUGUGUGACCUGGGGGGGGGGGGGCAGCAGAAGUGUGGGCAAGGCCCACACUUCGGGGAAACCACCUCCUCCGCGGCCACGGAGACCCCUCCUGAGCCCGAUCCUGGGCCCUCGCCGGCCUCUCCCUCCUCCCCUAGCUGCCCCACCCUUGGGGCCUGGUCACCCCCCACCCGAGACUUCCCGACACUCUUGGACUGGCUCUUGCUUCCAGGAACCCCACACCUUGGCCAUACCCUCCCCCAUCCAGUUCGGGGGAAACCGGCCCCUCCAACCUGGAAGUCCUUUCUCCCAGGCCUGUUGCAACAGGGGCGAAUCCCCCCCAGAGGGGACGCUCCCAGGUCCUUGCCAGCCCAUGGUUUUCCAAUGUGCUUUUCGGUCCGGCGGUCAGGUGGGCCACCCCAUGGGCCAUUCACUCAUUCGAGUGGCAGCUCCAUCCGAUGGCCGCUCCCCAAGCGUAGACACUGUGUCCAGCAGACAAGCCAGGGAAGCUUCGUGUCCACCACCGUGCUGGCCCCCUGCCCUCCCAGGAGCACGCCUUGCCUGGGGAGGGGUGCCCACGAAGGAGGGGAACCCCAGCCUUUGGGGGAGCUGGGGGCAUCGACGGGCCCCCUCAGCGGCCUGGCCCUCCCCCCACCCCCCCCACCAGACCUCGCGUCGGUAAGCCCUCAGGCCUGCCCUUGCCCGGGUACACCCUCUUCGUGGAAUCUGUGCUGCCGCUACCCUGGGAACUUUCCAUCGGAAAAUGUUGGGUGGGGUGGGCGGGCGGACAGGCCGGGGCAGGCCGCAGACGCACUGUGGGUGGAGGGGCUCGCCCGUCCCACACCGCAGCACGGCCUCCCUGCCCUUCACAUUCUGAUCUCAUCCUCUACCCUCAGGCCCGGACAGUGCCUGCUGUGUGGCACCCCCCGUGCCCCCCCCAGCGGCCAGGCUGUCCUCUCAGCGCCCAGGGAGUUUCCAGACCGGUUGCCCCAUCUGGCCCCUGGGCCACUUCCCCUCCCCCCACUCCUUCUCAGACCUCCUGGAGGGCGGCGGGGGGGGGGGGGGCUCUGGGUCCUCACACCCUGUUCACGCAUCUGCCUCCUGCCCAAGAGAGGGUGCCUCCGCAGAGCUAGCCAAAGGCUCAUGGCUGAGGAUGGGGAGGCCAGGGGCCCGGAAAGGCCUUGGAGCCGACUCAGGGCAGCCUCUGGCCCUUCCCAGGGGCACUUGGGGCCAGGGUCUGGGGUUGAGCCCGGCUCCUCCUGGGCAGGGACAGUAACAGCCACCUGGUGGGACUCCGAGAUGGCCUCACCCCCCUGGUGGCAGCCUGGGCUGGCCAGGUGGCCUUCCUCCCACACAGAGUCCAGCCCUGACCUCCAAGCUGCAUCACAUCCCAGUCUGCCGACACGGCAGAAAUUCGUAGCAAACCACGGCUGUGGGCACCGUCAUUCUCAGGACCUGUCCUCAAGGCUGCCACUGGGUUCUGGCACAGGCUACGUCCUCUUCCAAGAUGUCCUUUCUCCUUGCGCAUUUGAGCUGGUGCUCCCCGGGCACCCCUUCCUGAGGCCCCACCUGCCCUAGUGCCCCUGCCCCACCCAGGCCAAAGACAGGACCAGUCCUGCCAGUGCUGGCUUCUACCCCUCCAGCCACAGGCACCAGGGCACAGGUGGUGGCGGGCUGAGCCAGAGGGUAAAUGCCAACGAAGCCAGACCGGGGCCUUCCGGAAGGAACGCAGUCAGCAUGAAGUCUGCAGACACAGCCCAGACUGGCCCCUCCGAGCCCCACAGCAACGACUCCCCGGCCUUUGUCGGGGUGACUCUAACUGGUGAACAUGCUGUACACGCUGGGGCACAUCUGACGGGGGCAGUGAGCCCGGUGGGGCCGCGGUCGUCGGAGCCCAUGUGGAGGAGCUGCCGUCAACAGGGCCUGAUGCGGCCCGGAGUCCGGAGCAGCUCCCAGGUUUGGGGGGGGCCGGCAAGUCUGCUGGGGUGAGGAGGCUGAGAUGGCCCGAGGGGGUCAGGAGGGAAAGAGGGAGCCCUCGGGAGGGGCCUCAGCUGCGGCUGGGAGACCAGGCCUCGCGGGGAGGGGGGGGGGCAGCAGCUCGAAGGCCUGAGGUUCCGCCUCCCGUCCCCGCGGGGCUCCAGGUGCCAGGAGGAAGGGCCUGCUAUGGGACGGGGUCGUCUCCCAGGGGAGCCCAACCGGGCACAGCCCCACUUAUCUCCUCCUUGAUUGGCAGCAGGUGUGUGUUAAAAUAAGAAGGGGAGAAGACGUGACAAGAGUCACCCUUUGUGUCACCGGUGCGUGUGUCUCUGUGAGAGAAGAGCCCAGAGUCUGGGGGAACCUGAGAUCCAGGCUGCCCCCCCCCCCCCCCCCACUGAGCUGGAGGAGAAGGUGGCAGGCCCAGGCAGAGGCCCCCGCGGUCCCCUGGAGGGACGGGCACACCCUAGGCUUUUGUCAGUCACCAAAAGCCCAACUCCAACUGCCUACAAGAAGGGAGCACGUCUUUCCUGAGCUGGCUGGGCCAGGCCGAGGAGGAAACACACAUGUCCUCCGUCCAUCCCAGGCUGCCUGACGCCCACCCGCCUUCCUCCUUCCGAGCACAUUGAAAGGCACACUGCCCAAAAGUCACAACAUGUCGUGCUCAAGCACCCCCCCCCCCGCCCCCCGCCACAAGGUGGCCAUGUGGCAUUCCAGCCGCUCACACGACCCUGCUCCCGAAGCCGUGCUCCCUGCCAUCGAGUGGCCUGCUCCUCCUGUCUGGCGAGCGGUGGACCGGAGCCGGGCAGGCGGCACUGAAGUCUCGGCACAGGGCGGGGGCCACGGCACAGCCUACAUCCUGUCUGACGGAAGCAGCCAGGACUCGUGUGCCCGGGACAGCCGGUGCCUCAUGGGGACCGUCGCCUUGACCUGACACCGUGAGCCGAAGAUGCCCCUUCUGGUGGCCGCUCGCGAGCCGACAACUCCAGCACGUGGCUCGCCUGGUAGGCUGCAGGUGACAGAAUCUCUCAGAGAAGGCAGUUCGGGCAGAAAAGGAGGUUGGCAGCUCCCGUGCAUGAGACGCCAGGCAAGUGAGCCUUCAGGACCAGCUCGAUCCAGUCCACCGGAGAGGGCCAUGCUGUUUCCUCCCGCUCUGGUGGCUAUCGUUUCUGCCGUUUGGCUGCCUUCUCAGGCUCUGUGAGGCACGGGUGAUGGCCCUCGGUGCACCUCGUCAUGAUGGGAAGAAAGGAACCUACUUGCCUCGACCACAAAUUCUAGAAACGGUCACACUGACUGCCACUGGGACCCCUGCUGUUCGGGGCUGAAUUGUGUCUCCAAGAAAGGUGUGGAAAUCCUAA